CGAGCCCGUCAGAAUUUAACCUCUUGUAUAGCAUAGUUCGAGUUGAGAUUGAAGCGAAAACUGCGAAAUCCUCAUCUAGUUGCACAAAUGCUCUACUCUGGUUAACAAGGGCUAUGGAUUACUUGGUGGAGCUGUUUCGGAAUCUACAUGAUAAUCCAGACUGGUCAAUGUCGAAGGCUUGUAGCGAAGCGUACGCCAAGACGCUGAAGAAAUCGCAUAACUGGCUAGCUAGCUCAAGUUUUAGUGUUGGAAUUAAGCUUGCUCCAGAGAGGAAGAAAUUUAUGAACAUAUUAGGUGGUGAAACUCCUGAAUUAAACUCUGAUAUGGGGAAAUUCUGCACGAACUUUUCUCCACUCCUCGAAGAGAAUCACAAGUUCUUGGACUCUGUUGGAAUGGACGAUUUGAAAGCUUGAUGCAUGUUCUAAAUGAAAUUUGUUUAUAAGUUGUAUGUGUAUUUUAAUGUAUGACAAGAUUGUAUCUGUAUUUGUAUUCUUUGUAACCCUUGCUCACUUUUCUACGAAAUACAGUGCCGCAAGGAGUUUGUAACUCAAGUGGUUAAAAGUAAUCAUCCUUCAACUAAUGGUAGGCCACAUGUACUCCACGUCCUCCCGUUCUGUUGUCCACGUGUUAGGCUUGAAAAUUCAUUACACAUGAGAGGGCGUGUUGAGAAUGAAUUUCAUAUUGGUGGGAGGAGGGACCUUACAUGUGCUUAUAAGUCUCCAUAUAUUCUCCCUCCCCACCAUCAUUUGUAUAUAAAAAAAAUACAAUGUUAUUAAUUUGCUUAAUUUA